AUGGAACAGUGGGAGACCGUCAGCUUGAACAGAACUUCCUCCUCUGCGAGUUCUGUAACCUCUGUGUCCGACUCUCAACCUGCUUCCCCUGCUGAGCCGAACGCGGAAGCAAGCUCUUCACGAGUAGAGGAUGCAGACUCGCGCGAGAGCUCACCGUCUGUAUCUGAUACAGAUGAAUCUUCCGCACCGGAUGUCACGACACCACUCGCCACCGCAUCCGAUCUCAAGGACGAGGAAACAAGUGUGGCGAAGCAUCCUGUAUAUUAUUUUGACGACGGAAAUGUGUGCUUUUUGGUAGAAGAUGUGCUUUACUGCGUACAUCGCUACUUCUUCCAACGCGAUUCGCAGUGGUUCCGCGACCUAUUCAAGUCGCCAGGGUCAGACCUCAAAGCAAAUAUGGGCGGCGAGCUACCUUCCGGCGACGUAUUUCUAUUGGAUGGCAUCACGAGCUUGGCAUUUGAUGCGUUUCUCUCCAUCCUCUAUCCUGUCGACUUCGACAAACCUGCGAUGCUCACAGCAGCGGACUGGGCCGUCGUGCUGAAACUCGCCUCAAUUUGGGACUUUGCUUCCAUCCGGCGCCUUGCGAUCGACCAACUGGAUGACACAGUGAACGAUUUCGACCGGCUCCUACUCGGCCGGUCGUGUGGCAUCGAUUCAUGGGUGCUCCCAGCACUUACAGGACUUUGCGAACGUUCUCAACCGCUAUCGCUCGACGAGAUCUUGCAGAUGUCGCCGCAGGAUAUAGCUCUUGUCACGCAAGUGAGAGAGGACGUGAGGUGUCCGCGACCCGUCGAAGUCGUGGGUUCCAUCGCGGUCAGGCGCUUUGUCUGGGAGAAACUGGGCGGUUCUACCAAUGCUUUGGGCCCCACGCGAUUGCCAUCUCAGAAUGCGGCUGGUACCACCUCUGAUACGCCCUCCCCAUUCCCUUCAACCCAACCUCUUCCGGACAAAGCGCGGGCCACAUCAAGGCCUGCGACGCCCGCAUCGACCACGAAAACCGCAUCCUCAUCUGAUACUACGCAGGCGUCCACGCAAGAUCCAUCGCCUGGGCCGUCGAGCUCUCAAGGUCGAGUCGGAGGCACUUUCUCUGCGAAGUUAGGAGCAGACCGCUCGUCAAGCCCCACACCAGCCAGCUCUCCUCUCACAAGUGAAGCCCAAGCUGGACACCCCUCCUCCCCUCCUGUUACCGUGGCUCCUACGCCCGCUGGCACGUCGUCGACAUGA